AGAGGGAAAGAAAAAAAAAAAAAUCGAGGGCAAGCAGAAACGAUUCUCACUCCCCUUCUCCCCGGCUGCUAGGGUUUUAUCCCUCUCGCUCUCUGCUCCCGGAGGAGGCGCGGGAGGCGUCUCGCUUCGAUUUCCCCCCUCACCGACCCAUCGAUUCCUCCUAUCAAUCUGGGCGGUCGCAUUAUGGUUACGGCAUAAGAAGGGAGGCAUUGGGAAGAGAGGCAAGAAGAAGACUCUCGCUGGACAUGGCGGCUCCAGAGGCCGCCGCUGCCGAUUCAUUGGGUCCUCGGUUUGCUCCUGAUGACCCAACACUCCCUGCGCCCUGGAAAGGACUAAUCGAUGGCACAACGCUGUACUACUGGAACCCUGAGACAAAUGUGACCCAGUAUGAGAAGCCGGCCGCAGCUGCACCUGCACCUGCACCUCGCUUGCCGGUGGGUCCUCCACCAACGAUCCCUACACAGGUUCCAGAAUCAGCACCAGGGGCUUUCUUGCAGCCUAGCAUGCAGUUUGGCCAAGUUGGGCAGGCGUUGCACCAGGAACGACCUGGCCAGACAGGUUAUCCUCAGGUUGGCCAGCUUGGGCAACAGCAGCAGCAGCAGCCGCAACAGCCAGCCCAGCAACCACCGUUUCAGCACAUAGCUCAACAUCAAGCUUCCUUUCAGCAAGCACAACAGAUACCCUAUCAGCAGCAGCAGCAUCAGCAGAUGCCGCAGCAGCCACCUCAAUACCCCAACACGCAUCCUCAACACAUGCCGUACCAGCACGGUCCUUAUAUGCAACCCCAGCAGCAACAGCCAGGCUCACAAUAUUUAUGUCAGCCAGACCAGCAGCCACAAAUGUCGCAAACUGCCUAUAAUCAAGUUCAGCAGCCACCGAUGCCGCAAGCUGCCUACAAUCAAGGUCAGCAGCCACCAAUGCCACAACCAUCCUACAAUCAAGGUCAGAAGCCAGUAAUAUCUCAAUCUGCCUUCAAUCAAGUUCAGCAGCCACAAAUGCCGCAUGGUGAUUACAAUCAAGGUCAGCAACCGCCUGGAAUAAGGAUUCCUCAGAGUCAAGUGCAACAUCCUCAACAAUCUCCGGGCUUUCACCAACCUGCCCAGGCUUCACAAUUGCCCCAAGUUUCUCAAUCUCAAGGACUUCAAAUACCCCUUCAACAAGGUCAAAUCCAGCAUGGCUUGCACUUCACACCUCAGCACGGAAAACAGCCACACCAUGGUCAUAUGGGUGCCCAGCUAAGCCAAGUGUCACAUGGGCAACAAGGUUCAUUGUUGAAGGAUGAUGACGUAGGGGGUCAUGAAGGUAAGCAGACUGGCCUUUCAGUACCACUUGGUCAGCAGCGUUGCCAAGCGCAUCUUCCAAACCAGCAGUUACCUUCUAGUCAUCAACAUCCUGGAGCCCGUACUCAGCUAAAUAUAUCUGGAGUUGGAGGGCCGUCAUAUCCUGCAAAGCAUCUUCUUGGUGGAUCAUCUCCUGCUCAGACAAAAAACACGAGUUUUAUGAGCUCGCCUGCACAAAUGCAUCAAGGCGGAGUCGAUACAAACUACCAGCAACAAUCGGUUAGCAGCCAUGCAGUUCCAAAUCAUAUUGGUCCGUCACCAGUUCGACCUCCAAUGGGUUUUGAGAUGGGUAAUAGUGAGGGCCAGUUUGAAAGAGAUGACGCUCACUCUUAUGGAAGGUUUGAUGGAACAAAUGCUCUCCAGCAGCAGCCAAAGCUCGCUGCUCUCCCAACUUCACAAAAUUCACUGGACAUGCAUAAUGGCCCACCGUAUCCUCAGCCAGACAAUUUUGGUGGUUAUAACAUGGAACCUCCAUAUUUAGUGCCAAAUCCGCAUAAUCAUGGUCCAUUUCCUAGUGAAGCUUCAAUGAGGCCGCCAUCCAGAAUGUUUGCUCCCCCAGAUUUGCCUCGCAUCUUUUCAGCUGAUGCAUAUCGUCAACACCAUGAAGUCACUGCCAUGGGUGAGAACGUUCCUGCUCCAUUUAUGACAUUUGAGGCUACUGGAUUCCCUCCAGAGAUCCUGAGAGAGAUCCACACAGCUGGCUUCUUAAAUCCCACUCCAAUUCAAGCUCAAACAUGGCCUGUUGCGCUGCAAAACCGGGACAUAGUAGCUAUUGCCAAGACAGGGUCUGGGAAGACUCUGGGGUACCUAAUUCCUGCUUUUAUACAUCUGAGAAGAUGCCAAAACAAUCCAAUAUUGGGCCCUACAGUUUUGGUGUUGGCCCCUACCCGUGAGCUUGCUUCACAAAUACAAGAUGAAGCAUUGAAGUUUGGUCGAUCAUCUAGACUCUCCUGCACAUGCCUGUAUGGUGGGGCUUCAAAGGGCCCUCAGCUAAGAGAACUUGAGCGUGGAGCAGAUAUUGUGGUAGCAACACCAGGACGUCUUAAUGAUAUCCUUGAGAUGAAGAAGAUUAGCCUCCAUCAAGUUUCAUUACUUGUGCUUGAUGAAGCUGACCGCAUGCUUGACAUGGGUUUUGAACCACAGAUACGGAAGAUUGUGGAUGAGAUUCCUCCUAGUAGGCAGACUCUGAUGUACACUGCCACUUGGCCAAAGGAGAUUACAAAAAUUGCUGGUGAUUUACUGAGAGAUCCUGUCCAGGUCAACAUUGGCAGCAUUGAUGAACUUGUUGCCAACAAAUCCAUCACACAGUAUGUAGAGGUGAUUCCGCCAAUGGACAAGCAGCGACGAUUAGAGCAGAUUCUUAGAGAACAAGAAAGAGGCUCAAAAAUCAUCAUAUUCUGCUCAACCAAGAAAAUGUGCGAUCAGCUUUCUCGUGGCAUUGGUCGCAGUUUUGGUUCUGCAAGUAUCCAUGGUGAUAAAUCUCAGGCUGAAAGAGAUCAUGUUCUCAAUCAGUUCCGAACUGGCAGGGCUCCAAUAUUAGUAGCCACAGAUGUUGCUGCUCGUGGGCUUGAUGUCAAAGAUAUCAGAGUGGUAAUCAAUUAUGACUUUCCAACUGGGAUCGAGGACUAUGUGCAUCGCAUAGGGCGUACUGGAAGGGCUGGGGCAACUGGAGUCUCAUACACUUUCUUCUCUGAACAAGAUUGGAAAUAUGCUGGUGAUUUGGUGAAAGUCUUGGAAGGUGCUAACCAGCAGGUCCCUCCACAGCUGCGAGAUAUGGUUGCGCGAGGUGCGCCUGGAGCUCCAAGAAACCAGGCUUCUGGAAUGAGCCGCUGGGAUGGUCCUGGUGGCGGUCGUUUUGAACCUGGUGCUGGUGGCCCUGUUAGUUAUGGUGGAAUCAGGGAGGGCCCUGGAGGCUUUGGCAGUCGGGAAGGCCCAGGUGGGUUUGGUGGUCGGGAGAGCCCUGGAGGGUUUGGUGGCUGGGAGGGCCCUGAUGGCUUCGGUGGCCGGGAGGGUCCUGGUGGCUUCGGUGGCAGGAAGGGUCCAGGUGGCUUUGGUGGACGUGAGGGUCCUGGGUCGAGUGGUUUUGGAGGAAGAGGGGGCCGAGGAUCUGGUGGUUUUGGGGGGAGAGGUGGAGCAAGCCCUGGUGGCUUUGGUGGUCGUAGUGGCAGGGGUGAUUCUCCUGGUUUUGGUGGGCGUGGCAGGGGUGAUUUUUCUGGUUUUGGUGGACGUGGCAGGGGUGAUUCUCCUGGUUUUGGUGGACGAGGUCGGGGAGAUUUCUCUGGUGGACGUGGUGGGAGGGGGCGUGGAUUUGGCGGCAGGGGACGUUCUGACCGAGGUCCACAUGAUCGGUAUGUCUCAGAUGGACGGGGAAGAUUUGAUGGCCGCAGAGGAUUUGGUGACAAGGGUAGGGAUAGGAGCUAUAGCCGUAGCCCAGAUAGAGGCCGGUCGCGAGGCUAUGACAGAAGAAGUGAUAGUAGGAGCCUUAGUAGGAGCAGAAGCCGCAGCAGGAGCUGGUCACGUAGCAGGAGUCGCAGCAGGAGCUGGAGCCGCAGCCGGAGCCGUAGCAGCAGCCGGAGUCGCAGCAGGAGCAGGAGCCGUGACCAUGGUGCAGGAUUGGAACGCAGGCCCCGGGCAAGAUCCGGUUUUGAUGUGCUGCCACCUUCGACUGGAGCCGGACCUGCAUUAACCGGACCUGGACCUGUGCCUGUGUCCGUACCGGUACCAGGACCAGCCAUACCUCCUGUUUCUACACUCUUACCUGCACAAUCACCUGCCGAUACAUCUGCAAUGUCACCAAUGUCGCCUGGUGGCCUGGUCCAGGAGGCUCCACCGUUAAUGGUGGGGAACAGUGGCAACUUUGGCAGUGCACAGACCGAUCAACCUUUCCGAGGGACUGACGUUGCAGUACCCAGUUUUCCUGCAGCCGAAACAUUUCCAGGCCCGGCAGUUCAGCAGGCAGCUCCUGAUGUAUAAUGAGAUUAAUGAUCACUAUUGUACUGCCUGUUUUUCCGCUCUUUAAUCCGGUGUACGAUGGAGAAUGAGUUUCCUGACGAACAGGGUAUGUCCUGGUCGUUUUCGAUGACUUAAUUGUCUUUCUGCAUAUUUCUAUGGUCUCUUGGAGAUGAUGGUUUUGUAUGGUCUUGUUUGUGCCGACAAGAAGAAAAAGAAAUCGUCUAUUGCAACAAUAAUCUGUUGAGAUAUCUUUAACAUGUUCAUCUUUUGGUUUCCA